AUGGGCGCAACAAGCAACGAUCGAAAGCGGCCUCACGCUACUGAGGAAGUCGACCCUGCUUCCUUCGAAGACCGUGACAAUGGCGACGUAAAGUCCAAGAAGAGAGCUCGAACUGAGGACCGUCGAUCGCUCUUCGUUCGCUCGCUUCCCCCCGGUGCCACGAGCGAAAGCCUUACCGAUUUCUUCUCUCAACAUUACCCAGUCAAGCACGCCACUGUCGUUGUUGAUCAAAAGACCAAGGAAUCAAGGGGUUACGGUUUCGUGACCCUGGCUGACGCCGAAGACGCUGUGGAGGCCAAGAAGGCUCUGGACAAACAAGAUUGGAACGGCCGUCGCAUCCGCAUCGAUGUUGCCGAGCCAAGACAAAGAAACAACACCACUGGAGAGUUGCCUGCUCACAAGAUCCGCAAGGAGGAGAUUCAAAGACCCAACAAACUCAUUAUUCGAAAUUUGCCUUGGAGUAUCAAAAAAGCAGAGCAGCUAGAGCACCUCUUCCGUAGCUACGGAAAAGUCAAGUUUGCUGAUCUGCCUCAAACAAAGGGCAAGCUCAAGGGUUUCGGAUUUGUUACUCUCCGAGGAAGGCCGAACGCAGAACGCGCGUUGGAGGCUAUCAAUGGCAAAGAGAUCGACGGCAGGACUCUGGCAGUUGAUUGGGCUGUCGACAAGGACACCUGGGAUAAGCAGCAGCAGCCAGAGGAGGAAGACAAGAAGCAGAAGAAGGGAAGCAAGAAACAACCAGUUGAAGAAGAUGGCGAUGAUCAAACAUCCUCAGAGGGAAGUGAUGACGAGGACGAAGAUGAGGAGGAUGAUAAGGGUGACGAUGUUGAGGGUGGUGCUGAGGUCAACCGAGACGACCAACUGGACGCCGAUCUAAAGAACUUCUUCAAGAACCACAUGGAGAACCUCGAAGACGAGGAUGACGAGGAUGAGGAAGACGAAGAUGAUGAAGACGACGACGACGACGACGAGAUCAGAAAGGAGGUCCAGGCGCUGGAACCCAAGAAGCUGAUGACAGACAACUCUUCUACUGUCUUCGUUCGCAACCUACCAUUCACAACUACAGACGAACAGCUCAAGGGCUUCUUUGGUCACUUUGGCAAGAUUCGUUACGCUCGAGUGGUCAUGGACAAGGUUACUGAAAAGCCUGCUGGCACCGGUUUCGUUUGCUUUAUCGACGCCGACGAGGCCAAAAGCUGCAUUAAGGGUGCUCCACGCACUCAAGCACCUGCCGCCACCGCCAAGACUUCAAUCCUCCAAGAUGAGAGUGCCGAUCCUGAUGGAAAGUACACUCUCGAUGGUCGACUUCUCUCGGUUACACAGGCAGUCAACAAGCAAGAGGCCACCAGCCUUGCUGAAAACUCUCUCGCCAAGCGCAAUGAAAAGGAUAAGCGUAAACUUUUCCUGCUGGGCGAGGGUGUUAUCGACAAAAACAACCCCCUCUUCAACCUUCUUACAGAACCGGAGCAUCGAAUGCGACAGGCCAGUGCCGCUCAACGCAGGAAGCUUGUACAAGGAAACCCCAGUCUUCACUUGAGUUUGACUCGACUUGCCCUGCGUAACAUUCCCCGCAACAUGGAAUCUAAGGAUCUCAAGGAGCUUGCGCGAAAGGCUGUUGUCGGAUUCGCCAGGGAUGUCAAGGCUGGACUCCGACAACCCCUUUCAAAGGAGGAGAACGCCCGAGACGGAAAGGAUGCCAAGGAGAAAGAGCACGAACGCAAGGCCAAGGGCAAGGGUAUUGUUCGUCAGGCAAAGAUUGUGUUCGAGAGUGGACAGGGACAGAAGAUGCAGGAGAAGGAUGGUGGCAAGAGUCGUGGCUAUGGUUUCAUUGAAUACACUUCGCACCAUUGGGCGCUGAUGGGACUUCGAUAUCUCAACGGUUUCCAGCUUGAGAACGAAGUGGGCAAGAAGCAAAGGCUAGUCGUUGAGUUUGCCAUUGAGAACGCUCAGGUUAUUCAGCGACGACGUGCCAACGAGGAGCGGUCUCGACAACUGAACCCAGAGCAUAACAAGGGUGGCAAGACCGAGGCCCAGUUGAAGACUCUUGCCCAGCAUACAAAGGACAACAAGAAGCGUGGACGCAACGACGAUAGGGGCGACAGAGGUGGAAAGCCUGGGAGGGACGGAAGACCCGGGAGGGAUGGACGACCUGGCAAGUUUGGAAAGCCUGGAAGAGAUGCACCCAGGAAGCAAUCCGAGGAAGACGGCGGCCGAAAACCCGAGACAGAAGCUGAGAUGAAGCACAGGUUGAUUGCUCGAACAAGAGUUAUGCGCAAGAAGAAGGCUCUGAGCCGAGGCGGGAAAUAA